GAAGACGACGACAGCGGCGGCAGGAGCCGUGGCCUCCCCUCCUCCUCCUCCUCCACUCCCUCCCGCGUUCCCGUCCCGUCGUGCUUUGCGACACAGGGGUCGACCGCUCGCGGCCGGGGCUCGCGCCGCAUCUCCCCCCGCCCCCCCAUUUCUCCUGGUUUCCAAGGAGACGCGGACUUCUCCCUCGCGCCCUCUUCUCCCUUCUCCUCAAACGCCGCCGCCGCCGCCAUUAUGUCGGCCCAGGCCCAGAUGCGGGCGCUGCUCGACCAGCUGAUGGGCACGGCUCGGGACGGAGACGAAACCAGACAAAGGGUGAAGUUUACAGACGACCGUGUGUGCAAGAGCCACCUUCUGGACUGUUGCCCUCAUGAUAUCCUGGCGGGAACGCGCAUGGACCUGGGCGAAUGUACAAAAAUCCACGAUUUGGCUCUCAGAGCAGAUUAUGAGAUCGCGAGCAAAGAGAAAGACCCGUUCUUCGAGAUGGAUGUAAUUUCUCACUUCUCCGGAGCAAAGGCGCGAGCUGCAGCCCAAGUGCUAAGAAAACGGCUCUCCCCUCCCCUGUAGGCAGAGAAGGUGCACGAGCUCAAUGAAGACAUCGGCAAACUGCUGGCGAAGGCGGAGCAGCUGGGCGCCGAAGGGAACGUGGACGAGUCCCAGAAGAUACUGAUGGAAGUCGAGAAGGUCCGCGCGAAGAAGAAAGAAGCAGAGGAGGAGUACCGCAAUUCCAUGCCCGCGUCCAGUUUCCAGCAGCAGAAGCUGCGGGUGUGCGAGGUCUGUUCCGCGUACCUCGGCCUCCACGACAACGACCGCCGCCUCGCCGACCACUUCGGAGGCAAGCUGCACUUGGGCUUCAUCCAGAUCCGCGAGAAGCUGGACCAGUUGCGGAAAACUGUGGCAGAAAAACAGGAUAAGAGAAAUCUGGAUCGGAUGAGACGGAGAGAAGAAAGAGAGCGAGACGAACACGUGGGGCAGCGGUCUGGAUCAAGGAACAGAGAUCGCAGGAGGUCUCGAUCCCGAGAGCGGAGGCGAAGGCGCUCCAGGUCCACUUCCCGGGAGAAGCGGAAGUCCCGCUCCAAGUCCCGCGAGCGGGAGAGGCAUCGGCGCCACCGCAGCCGUUCCGGCAGCCACAGCCGGGGCCACCGGCGGGGAUCCAGGGACAGGAGCGCGAAGCACAAAUCCUCUCGAGACCAGUCCUCGCGGGAGAAAUCGCGGGAGAGGGAGAAGAAAGAGAAGAGCUCCUCCGAAAGAAGGCACGACAGCACCAACGGCAAAUCCCGCUCCAAGAGGUCGGAGGAGAGGGAAGCCGGAGAGAUCUGAACUCCAGCGGAAGGCCUCCCCUUUGCCGUACUGUAUAUAGUCCUCGAGAAAUGUUUUGACGCAGUCAGAAAUGUCCCAUUUAUAUUAACGGAAUACAGCACAUCUUUUGUAGUUCUCAAUUUUUAUUGUUUCUGCAGGCGGGGCAGAGCUGGUAUCGUAACAGUUCUUCAGUUCUUCACCAUUGACCAAGACUUUUUUUUUUUUUAAAGGAAUGAACAGUUAACAGCAACCAGUCUUCAAUGCAGAUAGGUGAUGCAAGCAAAUGAGGCUCCUGGAAGCUAAUCGUGGGGGGGGUGUGUGCGUCAUAGCUUCCUAUAUACAG